AACAGAAGUGUUAGGCCACAUGAAGAGUGUAGGUGGCCUGGUCAACACCCUGUGGAAUGGCCUACGACUUGAAGACAUCUUGUAUUCUCUUAAUGCCAUGUAUGCCAUUAUUUCCAACACUGACGGUGGAUGGGAAGUAUGUCCUGCCAUGGCACACCUGCUCUCUCUAGUUCCUACUGUUGUGGUAGAGGCUCUUGCUCCUCGAAUUGUGUCGGAUCCCACAACCACCGAUGCUGCUUUGACUGCAACUUUGACACGCCUUACUGCCUGGUUGGUGACGUGGCCCAUCGCUCACGUAACGUUGGGCUUGUGGGUCCGCACCCUGGUUAAGCUGUUGUAUCAGAGUGGACGCUCGUCUGUGCCCGCACGUGUUACCCUGGAUGGAGUACCAAAGUUGAUGAAUGCUCUGCAAAUCCCUGUGGUUCGCAAUGGGAUUGUGUCUGUGAUAUCAACACUUCUAUUAUCAUUUCAGCACUCGCCAAUAGCUUUUCAUAAGAUCAUUCCAUUGGUCAUUGAUGUGUUUAACCGCCUUGAGAGAGAGGGAUCACAGUCCGCAACGUCAACACUGAGUCGCUUGGCCACCCUCGGCCACUCCCUCAUGGCCUUGCAUCCAGGUCACCCAGACACUUACCAGCCACUUAUGGAUAUUCUUAUGAAAUACCAGUCUCCGUCCGAAGAAGACAUUGAAGGCUUGAUCCAAGAGCACCGAUGGGCCGUGGCGGAGGGUGGAGCACGAGGGAUUGGUACAAACCACUUUCGUCAUGGUAUCCUGCAUGCUGUACCACGGAGCAACCAGCAGCUUUUGGUGCAGCUGCAGCAGCUGUUCAGUUUGCUGUGUUUCACCCAUCGCACGUAUCGUCAGUUUCACGACAAGUCUCGACCCCCAUGGUUCAAUCCAGGCAUGCAGCAAGAUUGUUCUGAAUAUCUUAG